AGAUCAUGAGAGGCCUCCCCUCUUCACUGUAGCUCAAGCUCCCUGAAUACCAGGAAUCAAAAGUCUCCAGUCUUCCAGUGUUCACAGGUGAGCUCCCCAACAGCCACUGUUCACGAUGGAGGCCAUCAAGAAAAAGAUGCAGAUGCUGAAGUUGGACAAGGAGAAUGCUCUGGAUCGGGCAGAGCAAGCUGAAGCCGAGCAGAAGCAGGCGGAAGAAAGAAGUAAACAGCUGGAAGAUGAGCUGGUAGCCAUGCAGAAGAGGCUGAAAGGGACAGAGGAUGAGCUGGACAAGUAUUCUGAAGCUUUGAAGGAUGCCCAGGAGAAGCUGGAGCUGGCAGAGAAGAAAGCAGCUGAUGUGAGUGCUCAUAUCAUGCUGUUGCACAAAGGAUCUGGUAACAGUAGUCUGUAA